UACACCAAUAACAGUCUUGAGACUUGCAAAAAAUGACUUGUGAGUAUCUCUGGACCUUCCAUCGUAAGACCUACAGGGAUGAGACUAAACCAAGAAAACAGAAGCUGUCUCUGUAUUGUUCUUCCCGUGGAUAUCUGCAAAUGCAGGCUACAUGAUAUCAUGCUGUGCUAGCUUCUCCACAACUACAAUGGAGCUUUAUUCCAAGAUGCUGGCACCAGAACGUGAUGUCUCUCUGAUCAAAGGGCAAUUAUUCGCACCAAAGUUGAACAAUUACCAGGAGGAAAUCCAGACAAAACAAAGAUUCAGAUGUGCAGCCUGCAUGGUUGCAGAUCUGUCACGGCGCACACGCUCGUAAGGCGACGGGCAUAUGUCGGUACACGCAACAGAUCUGUGUGCAAGCAGAGCGCCGCGGGUGGCUUUCGUCUGCCCUUUCCUCUUCCCAAAGAAGUAAAAGUUUACUCAUUUAUUUAUUUAUUCUUUUCUUUUUUUUUCCCUUCUAUUUUUGAGUUUUUAACCUUCUGUUUUGCGGAUCUCUUUGCGGAGCGUGAGAGAGCAGCCGGGGAUUUAACAUGCCAGACGUCUGAGGAGACAUCCAUCCUACGCCCCGACUUUUCCCCCCUCUGUGGAAGUGAUCGCCACAGUGUGCGCGCAAGAAGAUGGGGGCAAAAAGAAACCAAAGCAAAGGAAAUAUUUUCUCUUCGGCACCGCUCAGACUGCUGCUCUUGGUCGCGCUUGUGCACGGCGCCUCCGGUAAGACUUACAAAUACAAAGUUUACGAGGAGCAGAAAGUGGGCACUGUGAUCGCACGCUUGAAGGAGGAUGUCGCCGGGGUUCUAUCCAAACUGCCCAGCACUCUGACUUUUCGGUUCCGCGCUAUGCAACGAGGGAGCACGCCGUUCCUGUCCGUCCGGGAGGAGGACGGGGAGAUCAGCAUUGGCACCAAGAUCGACCGCGAGAAGCUCUGCGAGAAAAACUUAAACUGCUCCAUCGAAUUCGACGUGGUCACUCUCCCGACGGAGUACCUGCAGCUGUUCCAUGUGGAGGUGGAAGUGCUGGACAUUAACGACAACUCCCCGCACUUCUCCCGCGCCAUCGUUCCAAUCGAGAUCUCCGAGAGCGCAUCCGUGGGGACGCGCGUCCCGCUGGAUGGCGCCGUGGAUGCGGACGUCGGGGAGAACUCCCUGCACACGUACUCCCUGACACCCAAUAACUUCUUUAAGAUCGACAUCAGGACCAGGACGGACGGCGCUAAGUACGCAGAGCUGGUGGUGAUGAGGGAGUUGGACCGGGAGGUGCAGUCAAGUUACCAGCUGCAGCUCACAGCCUCGGAUAACGGUGCGCCCCCAAAGUCUGGCUCCACUUUGCUCAAGAUCAGCAUCUCCGAUUCCAACGACAACAGCCCAGCCUUUGAUGAGCAGGCGUAUAUCAUCAAUCUGCUGGAAAACUCUCCCCUGGGGACUCUAAUCAUUGAUUUAAACGCCACAGAUCCAGAUGAGGGCACUAAUGGGAAAAUAGUCUACUCUUUCAGCAGCCACGUCUCACCAAAGAUCCUUGAAACGUUUAAGAUAAACCCAGAAAAUGGACACAUUACCCUUAUUAAAAAAGUGGACUACGAAACCACUGCUUCCUAUGAGCUGGACGUCCAGGCUCAGGACUUAGGCCCUAAUUCUAUUCCUGGACUUUGCAAAAUUGUGGUGAAAGUAGUGGAUGUGAAUGAUAACAAACCGGAGAUAAACAUCAACCUGAUGACGCCUGGCAAAGAGGAAGUGGCCUACAUUUCCGAGGGCGCCCCUGUGGACACCUUCAUCGCUCUGGUGCGCGUUGACGACAUCGACGCCGGGCUCAACGGUGAGGUGGUGUGCAGGCUGCACGGCCACGGCCACUUCAGACUGCAGAAGACCUACGAGAAGAACUACAUGAUCCUGACCAAUGUCUCUCUAGACAGGGAGAAGCGGUCAGAGUACAGUCUAACAGUCAUAGCUGAGGACAGGGGCUCCCCCAGCCUCUCCACCAUCAAACACUUCACUGUCCAGGUUCUCGAUGAAAACGACAAUCCGCCAAGUUUUGAGAAGAGCCGCUACGAGGUCUUUAAGUCAGAGAACAAUUCUCCAGGGGCAUACCUGAUGACGGUAGUGGCCUCAGAUCCAGACCUGGGCACCAAUGGCCAAGUCACCUACUCCAUUAUAGAUGCUCUGGUCCAGGGGAGCCCCAUCUCCACCUACGUCACCAUUGACCCUUCUAAUGGUGCCAUCUACGCCUUACGCAGCUUUGACCAUGAGGAUGUCAGCCGGAUUGCAUUCACCAUUCAGGCACGUGACGGGGGAAACCCUUCACUGUCAACUAACACAACUGUCCUGCUGACUGUUUUGGAUGAAAAUGACAACCCGCCCAUCAUCCACUCCCCCUCCCUCAGGAAUCACACCGCCGAGCUGCCGGUGUGGAAGUACGCGUCACCGGGUCAGCUGAUCACGGCGCUUAAAGUCACCGACCGCGACGCCGGCGCCAACGGAGAGUUGAGCUGCAGCAUCGUUGGUGGCAAUGAGGAUGGGCUGUUUGUGAUGGACGCCCGCAGAUGUGAGCUCAGAACCAACGCAAGCCUGGAGCAGGCUCCACGCGACGUGAUGGAGAUCAGGGUGGAAGUGCAGGACAGGGGCACCAGUCGGCUGUCCACAGGGGCCGUCCUCAGGCUCUCUCUACAGGAGACCAUGGACAUCCUCCCCCCUCUCUACCCCACCGGCACCAGCCAGGCCCAACUGGAUCUCUCCCUCAUUGUUAUCAUCUCCCUUGGAGCCGUAUGCGCUCUGCUGCUCAUCGUCAUGGUGAUGUUCGCCAGUGCCCGCUGCAGCCGGGAGAAGAAAGACCCCAGACACAACUACAACUGCAGAGUGGCAGAGAACAGCUACCAGAACCACCCCAAGAAGCCCGCAAGGCAGAUCCACAAGGCAGACAUCACCCUGGUGCCAACUGUAAACGGGACCUUGCCUAUCCGUGCCCACCCACGCUCCCCCUCAGCCUCCCCUACGCCUGAGAGGGGCACCCUGGGGAGCAGGCAGAGCCAUCAUAGCCGGCAGUCCCUGAACAGCCUAGUCACCAUCUCCUCCAAUCACGUGCCGGAGAACUUCGCCCUGGAGCUGGCCCACGCCACACCUCCUGUAGAGCAAGUCUCACAGCUUCUAUCCAUGCUCCAUCAGGGCCAGUACCAGCCACGACCAAGUUUCAGAGGCAACAAAUACACCAGGAGCUACAGAUACGCCCUAAAUGAGAUGGAUAAGUUCAGUCUGAAGGACAGCGGCCGUGGAGACAGCGAAGCCGGAGACAGCGACUACGAGCCUGGCAGGGAGUCACCCAUGGAUAGGCUCCUUGGUGAGGGCUUUACUGAGAUAUAUGCCCCUGAUGGCCAGCACAGAACGCAUGCAGCUAUGAGGUUGUGCACGGAGGAGUGUCGUGUCCUGGGCCACUCAGAUCAGUGCUGGAUGCCCCCACUGGCCUCCCCGGCCUCAUCCUCCUCCGACUACCGCAGUAACCUCUACAUCCCGGGAGAAGAAGCCCGCCAACCCGCUGAACUGUCCCAGGAAAAGACUCCACAGCCCUGCACUGACGCUGGCCCUGCCCGGAACCAGAGCUUCUCCACCUUCGGCAAGGACCUGGUUGGUGAGGACGGUGGAGAAGAGGAAGGGGGAGCGGAUGGUGAGGGUGAGGUCAGAGAUGAGGAUCUGUGUGGGACCACAUCGUUGCUGUCAGAGAUGAGCAGUGUGUUCCAGCGGUUGCUACCCCAGGGUCUGGACUCAUACGUCCAGGUCAACGAGAACCAGAAGGGGACUAGCCUGAGUGGGGUGGGUGUUCCCAUGACUGGAUCUUUAGAUCGCAGGAGGGGACAUCUCCCUGGCAAGUCCAACCCCUCUGUCCACCAGCAGGGUGUGGCCGCCUGGGCUGCCAACACCCACUUCCAGAACCCAGGGAGCAGCAUCGGCCCAUCUGGCCACCACCAGGGUGGCAGCUACCACACCCUGAAACCCAGCACCAAGCUAAGCUGUCAGAGCACCAGCCAUAAGGGAUUGCAGGCGCCCAAAAACAGCCCCCAGAACAGCGGCCACACCCCCAAACCCCACAGCAGCCCUCUGCUUACGGCACUGGUCAGCCCUACUAUGGCGCAGGCUUCCCCGGCCCCGGUGCCAGUGCCAGUUCCUCUCCCCGGGCCCUCCUCCAAGUGGCUGCCAGCCAUGGAGGAGAUCCCAGAAAACUAUGAGGAGGAUGAUUUUGACUCAGUGCUCAGCCACCUUCAGGGCAAACGCAGCGACAGCAGACAUGAGCUAGUGGAUGCCAGUGAGCUGGUGGCCGAGAUCAACAAACUCUUACAGGAUGUUCGGCAGAGCUAAACAUCCGUUUCGUACCCUCUUUAUUUAUUCACCACUCACUGACUGCUCUCCUUAUUUCACAAUAAAAGUGAGGGACGGUGGGUGGCAAAAGAAGGACAGAGAAAAUCAAAACAGAAACAAAAAACAAUGAGACAAAAAAAAGACCUGCAAUUGUCGUUAAAGUUGCAUUUCUAAUGUAUUAAUUGUGUUUUGUGAAUGCUAAAUAUCCAAAAAAUUGUUUGUAAUUGCUGGUUUGGUACACAAUGUACACUAUGUGACUGUAUUUAUCUUUGUAUUUUAAAAAUACAUUUGUAUGCUUAUAUUUAUAAAAAAAAAGUGUAUAUAAACUUAAUCAGAAGUCUAUUUUUAUAUUUUGAAUGCAUGUUGAGUUUAAAAACAUUGAAUCAAGACUUUGACAUGCGAUCGACAUUCUACAUAUUUAAAUUGUCUUUUGUAUUGUGAUUCUUUUUUUAUUUGUCACUAUGUUAUGUAUAUAUAAAUAUAUUAAUUAAUUAAUGGACAUUUGUCGUCGUGGAUUAUUGUGGGGAAGUGGACCGUACACAAAUAAAAAUGAUAAUACACAAACAUGA